AGGAGGGAGGAACUCCGACAGCAGCAGAAAAGUCAACCAGGAAACAGAAGCUGCUAAACUGACCCACCGUCCCGGUCUGACGGCUCGACGGCGGCGUUAACAUUGACAACAAGACAAUAAAACCAGUACAGGAUUUCAAUUUGAUAUCGAAGUCAAUACAAAGCAGCGACAUGGCUUCCCUUUUCAAGAAGAAGACUGUCGACGACAUAAUCAAAGAGCAGUCUAAGGAGCUGCGUGGCACUCAGAGACAGAUCACAAGGGACAGAACGGCGCUGGAGAGACAAGAGAAACAAAUGGAGGCAGAGAUUAAGAAGAUGGCAAAGAGCGGUAACCGUGAGGCGUGUAAGAUCCUCGCCAAGCAGCUGGUCCAGCUAAGGAAGCAGAAAAACCGGACGUACGCUGUCAGCUCUAAGGUCACUUCCAUGUCUACGCAGACAAAAGUCAUGAACUCCCAAAUGAAAAUGGCCGGGGCCAUGUCCACCACAGCCAAGACGAUGCAAGCAGUGAAUAAAAAGAUGGAUCCACAAAAAACAUUGAAGACCAUGCAGGACUUCCAGAAGGAGAACAUGAAGAUGGGCAUGACUGAAGACAUGAUCAACGACACCUUGGAUGAGAUCUUUGAUGAAUCAGGGGAUGAGGAAGAAUCUCAGGACAUCGUGAACCAGGUUCUGGAUGAAAUUGGCAUUGAGGUCUCAGGAAAGAUGGUGAGGGCUCCAGCUGCAGGAAAGAGCGUCCCCGGCGCCGCCGCCUCCUCCAAAGCCACCAUCUCUGACGACGAGAUUGAGAGACAGCUCCGAGCACUGGGAGUGGACUAAUUAGCACUUUUUUGUAUUAAUGUUCACAUGAUAACCCAGUGCGACAUUAGUACUGAUUGUUGCAGACUGUCAGACAUAUUGAUUUUGUCAUGGUUUUAAAUGCUACAGGUGUAAGAAAGGGUGCACACUAACGCACACACAUAUACACACUCCUUUCGACAUACAUUACAUAUUCUCACAUUCUUCAGCAGGUUGCCUUUCAGAGGACGAAGGUAGAACAUCUGAUCUAUUUAUGCAGAUUUUUUUUUUUAUUCUGAUAUCAGAAUGUCCUCAGUCAGAUGGUAAGACAAUAAUAGAUGCUUAACGACAAGAACCACGUACACUGUUGUUUACCAGUUUUUUCUGUCCAUUUAAGGGCUACAGUGUAUAUGUUGCCUUGGAGUUGGCUUUUCACCUCUGAUGUCAAACUUGAGUGUGUUAUAUAAUCAGUUUCCUUGACUGAAAAUGGAUGAUUCGUGCUAAUUAAAAAGUGCUUGGGGGGUUGACGAUAAGCAGAUGCAACUCGUAAUUUUCUUAUUUACCUGCUUUCUAUAUUAACGUCUGUUAUUUUUCUGUCUCUCAGAGGCGAACUGUGUCGGGUUUUCUGCUCUUUUGUGGGGUAAAAUAAUAUCCUGCAGCGUUGCAGAUGGCACAGACAAGUGAUACAAGGCUACACGGGCGUCAUCACACCGUCGAUAACUGUCGGCUCACAGAGUAAACAAACUGGUCAACAACGUAAUUAAUUCUCAUGUUCUUAAAAUCCUUGGCUGGUGUGCGACGACAUACAUAUGCAUGCGGAAAGUGUAACUGGCAUUGAUGCCCUUUAGUAAUGAGUAACAGCCUUCACUUGCAUGAGCUGAUGAGACAGAUUGAUCUGAGGGUCGAACUUACGAGUAAUUAAUUAACACCUCUGAAGUUGCAACGCUGCACAGAUUGUGAGACAAAACCUAAGCAAACACAAAUUGGGACAAAUGAAAGACUUGCAUAUAGAAGAGUUCUGAAUCAGUCGUUUGAUGCUACUGAGUAAUUAAUUUUUUUUUCCUUCUUGGUUGAUGCUUUGCUAUCUGAUUGUGUAUCUUAUUGGAUUUGGGAUUUUACAGUGAUUGUAGGAUGGCACUGGUUCCUGCGGUCCCUCUUCUCUUUCAGCUGCUGUGCAGCUACUGUCGUUUGAUAUUUUAAGCUGCCACACACACACACAAAUACACACACUUACAGAGAUGCACUAUGACAGCAAAAUUACGGAAAUGUUUGCUAAUUUGUCACUGUGAUUUCAGAGAUGCUUUUUCUUCAGAGACAAUGUGGAUUUCUCUCCAGAGAUAUGUUCAUGUUAGCUUCAUCAGAGCGACAAAGACGCCUCAUAUUAAUGUACUUUUCAUUGUCGAAGUACAACAUUCAAUCCUGCAUGUGUGCGACAAAUUACAAUAUCAGCAUUAUUUGUUAUUACAAGCAGUAACAUGUUUUUUGACAUUAAGUGCAGUUCCAUUAAGAAAUUCCCACUUUUCAAAAAAAGGCAUCCAUAUGUAUACUCCUUUCUUUCCCUCUUUAUCAUUGUUAAGUGACUCUGUAAAGGGUUGAAGGCUUUUUAUAAGGAAUAAAGUUUCUUCAGGUACAA